GGGCGGGCUUAGGAUCGGCUUCGGGUCGGGGCUUGCAUGGCUCCAUCAGGUCCCUGCUUAGGUGCCUAGUUAGGUGCGGGCCGCUGGGCCAGGCAGUCCCUGGCCACCCUGAGCCUGGCGGGCGCUGGAGAAGCCGGGGCAGCCUCGCUCCUCCCAGACAGCUGCUAGGGUCGGGAGUCACAGAAAACAAAGUGAGAGUCCGGCGGCUUCCCAGUGCCUGGGCCACGGCGGCCGUGGGAGCAGAGGUGGAGCGACCCCGGUACGCUAAAGAUGAAAGGCUGGGGUUGGCUGGCCCUACUUCUGGGGGUCCUGCUGGGAACUGCUUGGGCUCGAAGGAGCCAGGAUCUACACUGUGGAGCUUGCAGGGCUCUGGUGGAUGAAUUAGAAUGGGAAAUUUCCCGAGUGGACCCCAAGAAGACCAUUCAGAUGGGAUCCUUCCGGAUCAAUCCAGACGGCAGCCAGUCAGUUGUGGAGGUCCCUUACGCCCGCUCAGAAGCCCACCUCACAGAGCUGCUCGAGGAGGUUUGUGACCGCAUGAAGGAGUAUGGGGAACAGAUUGACCCUUCUACACACCGCAAGAACUAUGUACGCGUUGUGGGCCGGAAUGGAGAAUCCAGUGAACUAGACUUACAGGGCAUCCGAAUCGAUUCAGAUAUCAGUGGCACCCUCAAGUUUGCGUGUGAGAGCAUUGUGGAGGAAUAUGAAGAUGAACUUAUUGAAUUCUUUUCCCGAGAGUCUGACAAUGUUAAAGACAAACUUUGCAGUAAACGAACAGAUCUCUGUGACCAUGCCCUGCACAGAUCUCAUGAUGAGCUAUGAAUCACUGCAGCAGCUUAGACCAACUUGAUGGAACACCCCCAGGAGGGGAAGAUGGUGGCAUUGCCUUUUAUAUUAUGUUUUUAUGGAAAUGAACUGAAAAAAAAGUCUGAAACCAAAAGUACAAA